AGCUGCGUUCUUCCCUCGACCACCAUUUUGAGAUCUCCUUCUUCUUCUUCUUCGUCUCCUUCUUCUUCUACCACGAUGACUGACCAGCUCUGCAAACUGUUCGUCGGCGGGCUGAACGUGGACACCGACGACGACGGCCUCCGGAAACACUUCGAGCAGUACGGCUCCCUCACCGACUGCGUGGUGGUGGUGAACAAGCAGCUGCAGCGCUCCCGGUGCUUCGGCUUCGUCACCUACUCGUCCCCGGAGGAGGCGGACGCAGCAAUGGCGGCCAGGCCUCACACCGUCGACGGCAACGCGGUGGAGGUGAAGCGCGCCGUGGCGAGGGAGGACGCCAACAAACCGGAGGCGCUCGCCAAGGUGAAGAAGAUCUUCGUCGGCGGGCUGAAGGACGACAUCGAGGAGGAGCACCUCAGCGAGUACUUCUCCCAGUACGGGGAGAUCGAGAAGGCCGAGGUCAUCUCCGAGAAGGAGACCGGGAAGAAACGUGGCUUCGGCUUUGUUUACUUCACCGACCACGACGCGGCGGACAAAGCCGUCGUGGUGAAGUUUCACACCGUCAACGGACACAAGGUGGAGGUGAAGAAGGCCCUGACGAAGCAGGAGAUGCAGGCGGCGGGGCGGACGGGGAUGUCGCCGCGCGGUGGACGCGGCAGAGGCGGCGGCAUGCGCGGGAAUCAAAAUGGCGGGGGCUACGGGAGGGAGUACGGCGGGGGAUACAACUACGGAAAUGGAGGCGGAGGCUACAAUGGCGGAGGAGGAGGCGUACGGGGGUACGGAGGGCAGUACGGUGGUGGCUAUGCGGAGCAGAGCGGUGGCUACGGAGGUGGGAACGGCUACAAUGAGUUUGGCAGCGGGUACGGGCAGCACUCGUCCGGGUACGGGCCCAUGAAGGGGCCUCCUUUCGGCGGAGGGCAGAGGAGCGCAGCGCCCUAUAACAGAGGAGGCGGCGGCGGAGGUGGCGGAGGCUACCCGAGGGGGGCUACGGCGGCGGAGGCGGCUAUUAGAAUGAAAAAAAAAAAAAAAAAACGACUCACAGCUCUCACAUAUCCCUCCGCCAUGAAUCAGAUUCCAUGAAUGGCAGAGAAAGACUCCCCUAAUCACCUCAAAACAAACAGGUUGCUACGGUAACCUGGGCACGAGGAAAUCACCCCCGAAAACGAUGGGGUGUGUCUCCACGCAGACGGGGGUACCGGAGAGCUGUUGUGCCUUCUCCCCCUCAGGUGAAGUCAGUUUUCACAAAGGAUUGUCCAGUGUGGUUUAAAUGCAUUUGACAGAGUUUUACAAGGGUUUAUUCUGGAAAGGUUUCAUUUGAUGCAUUUUAGGGUUUUGGAUUUUGACGACACAGUGCCCCCAGUGCAAUCAUAUAUUUUAUUUUCCCAAUGACCAUCACUGACCUGUGAGGCUUCGAGUGAUUGAUAUGAAGGACUUUUUAAUGCCUGGUUGCAGGCUAAAGUAUUCUGCAUUAAACAAUAAUUUUAUAUAAGUAAAAGUCUUUGUUUUCAUUUAAUCUUUGCAUUUAUCUUAUUUAUUUUAAGACCAGUUACUCGUGUGCUUAAAUGACCUUGGAGCAAUACUUUGCAGUUCUGGGCACUGUGGGUUUCAAAAUAAAUUAUAAUUUUAAAAUAUUUUUUGUGUUUCCAAGUAUUUUAUAUAUACGGUAACAAAAUGGUUGUAUUGUUCCAAAAGGAACAAGUAAUUCAUUAGGAGAGGUACAUUUUAAAGGGUUGAAAAUGUAUGGAACAACCUGUGCUUUCCUCCUCCUCCUGUAGUACGGGUUAAUGAAAUGUGAGUGGCAUCAACUGCCAUUUUGCCUUUUGCCCUACAAAUCCAAUACAAGAGCCCAGAGGCUUAACAUGUGCCUGUGUAAAGGGUGUUGCAGUUUGUCUGCAAAAACUAGGAACAAUGAUACAGUCACGUGUUCACACAGCCCCAUGUCUUCUACAGUAACUCAAUCAGGAAGUAGAGGCCUUGAUGUGUGAGAUAAUGCACGUAAACCUCAGGCCUCCUCCGGUUUAGUGUGAUUGAGCAACAUUGACUACAUUGAAAUAAAAACAAUUGUCUUUUUUAUUAUAAACCAUCUUUUCAACAUUUUCAGAAGGUCUGAUGGCUUACAGGAUAUUUGCAGUAAGGAACAAAGUACUGAAGUUCACUCCUCUGCAGUUUAAUGCACAUUGCCUGUAGCUUGAGACAUCGAAACGCCUGCAAACUAUACUGUGACUACACCUGUAAGUUGGUCAAAAGUAAAAGGGCUAUGAACUUGUAUUUUUAGUGUACCGUAAAUUUGCUUUGAACAGGCCUCAGAAAGGAAAUGCAAGACCUCAGGCUUUUUAUUUUAUAAAAAAUACUGUUUUGUGUGAUUACGCACCAUUUAGCAAUUUAUUCCUGGGGGGGGAAAAAAGACUGCAGACCAGUAAUCUAGUCUACUGUGAGGCUUUGUAGUUUUGUCUGCUGGCCAGCUCGAUUAACAGAAAACGUAGCAUUGUAAUAGUCUGUGUGGGGCUAUUUAAGUUUAAAGAAUAAUACUUACGCUAUAAACCAUGCCCACACUGAAAUAGUUAAUGUUUUUGUUUUUUUUAUUUAACUCUUGAACAAACGAUCAAUCUGACUGAAUAAUCUUGAAUUGCUUCCUAAAUUAAUCAGUGGUGCCAAGAAUGUAAGCAAUGAAAUGUUUAAAAUUAAUUAACUGGCAUUUUGUAGUACGUUUUAUGUCUUGACUGGAAGGAUAUUUAAUACAAGGCUGACCUCACCACAAAACAAAGGUCAAUUACAGACGUAAUCCCUCAGUUUGUCCCUCAAGUCCUGUCUGAUGUACUGGGACGAUUCAAGAGACUUGGUGUGACACACAACUUAUAUUUUAUGUAACAAAAAUACUAUGUAAGUGUUGCUGUAUAUGGCGAUUAGAGUGUAAAUUGUACUUUUGUUUUCUUACUUCUUUUUAGGAUAAUGGUGCUUGACGAUUUCUGAACAUCCCGUAGGAAAAGGAAACCUCUGUUAUGUUGGCCGUGCAUUUUAUGAUUCAACAAUAAAUUAUAUAUUUUUUAUACACCAAGA